CGUCAGGUACCAGUCUCUUACUAUUUGAGUAUCUAUAACAAUGAAGUCUUUCAUCUUCUCUGCUAUUCUCUGCGUCGUUGUGGCGGACAAUCACAAUGGCUUCGGAGGCAACGGUAACGGCUUCGGAGCGCCUCCUCCCAGUAAUGGUUAUGCGCCCCCAAGUAACACAUAUGGCACGCCCAACGGUGGCUACGGAGUAGACCCUGAGAUUGCCGCUUUGGCUGAGAAUAUUCCCGGGGGCGGUGUCCCCGGCGAGGACUACCCCAUCUUGGCUUCCGUGCCCGACACCGGCUUCUCCUGCGAUGCCCCUGAGAGCUUCUACUCCGUCAACGAACUCAUCGGAGUCGUUCCCGACGCCGGAUAUGCGUAUGCUGCCGCCACCAAUGGUCUUACCAUUGGCAAUGACAUUUUCCAUUUGAUGGUGAAAUCGAUGCUAAAUUUCGAUCCCAGUCCAGAUCUUGCGUAA